CAUCAUGGCCGCUGUUUACCCUCCUGCGGGGCUCCCUGCACUGCCCCACACCGCGGCCGGAGACGCCCACAGCGACCCGAGCCAGCCCGUCGAGGCCGGAGCCGGAGGUGGGGGCGGGGGCGAGGGCGAGGGCGAGCGGAGCAGGGAGGAGAAGGAGGAGGAAGAGGAGGAGGACGCCGGUCGGGCGGAGGCCUGCUACACAGCGCCGCCCCCGAACUGCGGCGGAACAAAAGCGGGCAGGCGAGGGGGCCAGGGGCGGCGACGGAGGAAGCGGGCGGGGAGGCCGGACAGCAGCUCGGGUGAUCCCUUGUGUCACCAGCCUGGCGGCCAGAGCUGCGGGCAGGAGGCUGUGGCUGGCGCCGGGCACGGGGGUUUUGAUUUUGAAUUAAAUCACCGUGUACUUCGUAAGCGAAUACCAAUCAACUACUCUGUAGAAGAAGAAGAUGUUGCGGAAGGUGUUCUUGCAGAAGAAGAAGAAUGCCUUAAAGAUGGCGAAACCUUAUUGCCUAAGCAAAGAAAAAGAAAGCGGCAAGUGGUACGAGGUCAAGUUGCUGUGGACCAAAAAGAGACAUCAGAUAGGGUCUGGGAGAGCUCAGAGUGUGGCCACUGUGGAAGGGUAUUCAGCCGAAAGUAUAACUAUCAGAGACAUUUCCGACUGGUACAUGCUGGGAGUAGGUCAUACAAGAAAUAUAAAAGAGUGGGAAAAGUUAGGCUGGAAGCAGGACAAAGGGCCCAGAUUAAUGAGGACAAUCCUGAUGUCAAAACACUUUCUAAAAAACAAAUCCCUAAUGACGGUAAACCAGCUGAGAAUGGAGAGAAGCCUUUUGUAUGUGACAAGUGUGGCAAAUGUUACUCCUCUUCUGCAUUUCUUCAAAACCAUCAACAAAUGCACUGCGCUCUCAAAACCGUUCCAGAGAAGCCUCACAAGUGUUCAGUAUGUGGAAAAGGCUAUUCCUACCUCGAGUCACUUAAAAAACAUCAACUAGCCCACUCUCCGCUCAGUCCUGCUAAGAACAAAUUAAGUGAGAAGCCCUACAAGUGCAGUCAGUGUGAGAAAGCAUAUUCAUAUCUAGCGGCUCUCCAUAAACACCAGCAAAAUCAUGGAGACUUCUUGCCAUUUAAAUGCCCCGACUGUGGAAAGCAAUAUCAACACUGGUCACUUAUGAAAAUCCACCAGCGCAAGCAUACCAAUGACCAGCCUUAUCAAUGCCUCCAAUGCAGCAAAAAAUUCAAGCACAGGUGUAGUCUGUACCAGCACCAGGUCACACAUAAGAAACCACACAGAUGCCCAAUAUGUGACAAAGCGUUUGCCACAGCACAGAGCAUGAGAAGUCACCAGAAACUACAUCAAGAGAAGCCAUUCAGGUGUCCACAAUGCCCUAAGGGAUAUAGUACAGAAAGUUUGCUCAAGGACCAUCUUUCUAGUCAUGCUGGAAAAAAGAUCUACAAUUGUAAUGACUGUGGGAAAAGUUUUAGAAAUCUCAACAAUCUGCAGGAUCAUCAAAACAUACACACUGGUCAGACACCUUACCAGUGCCAAUUGUGUCUCAAGGAGUUUUCAUGGCUUGGAAGCUUAGUAAAGCACCAGAAAGUCCAUGAUAAAAUGAAUACAUCUGCCAAUGUUCCAACACAAGCUGUGAUACCUGGUCCAUCAAAAAAGAUUCCAAAGAAGAGAGGCAGAGGGAGGAGGAAAGGUUUUCGGAAGCGCAUGGCUCUUCUUAAGAAGAAGAAGAAGAACAUUGCAGUGGUACAAGAAAUUAACCCUGAGGUGCCAGACCAAAAUGUUAUUGAGACAGCUACUGAGAACCAGAGAUCAGAGGACAAGGAGGAACCUGUGAUACAAGAGAAAGAGGAAGAAAAGUUGCUGCCAGAAUCAGCUGAGCCACAAAAAGAAAAUGUUUCUGAGACCCCUUCCCAGCUCAUUGAAGAAAAGGUGACUAGUGAUUUCUUAGAGGUGCAAAACAAUGAUGUGAAACAGCAUUCAUCUAAUGAGACAGAACAGCAGCCAGCUGAAGAUUCCAUUACAGAGACAGAUGAUCUCAUGGUGCAGGCCAAGCCUAGUGAUACAGAGCCAAGUAUACCAGAUACAAAAGAGCAAGAAGAAACCAGAGAAGACACACAGACAGAUUCUCAACAAGAAAAAGUUGAAGACUCCUUGACAAAUAAAUGCAUAGAGAUUCAAAGAGAUGAUAUACAAAAAGAAACGGUAGAGAAACCCAGAGAAAGCUUUCCCCCAAAGUCCAUCAACCUGGAUCGUAGAGGAGUUCUAGAACAAAAGUGUGCAGAGCUAAAACGCAAAGUCAUGCAGAGCAAGUCCUUGGAAGACUCGUCAGAUGCUAUUCUCCCAAAUAAAACCGCACAAGGGCAUGGUGGAGUCUUGGAGCAAAAAUGUGCUGAGCUACAACGAAAGGUGGUAUGGAAUGAGACACUUAAGGAGCAGACAGAUAAACUGAAUUCUAGUCGAGUUCAUCAAGAACCGAGAGGUGUUUUAGAACAAAAAUGUGCAGAACUGCAGCAGAAAGUUGUCCGUAGAGAGAUGUUUAAGAUACAGAGAAAUGAGGUCCCCCUGAACAGGCCUGCACAAGAACGAAGAGGGCUCUUAGAAAGAAAAUGUGCUGAGCUACAACGUGAAGUUGUAAGGAAGGAAAGGUUGAGGGAGCAAAGGGACAAGGCAUACAUAAGUUCUCCAACACCUGAGCAAAAAGUAACUCUAGAACAAAAAGUCACCGAGGUGCAACAAGAAUUAGCUCAAAAGGAGAUGCUUAAAGGGAGAAGGCAAAUGAUGCACCCAAGAAUUCCAGUGAAUGAACACAAGGGUUUCCUGGAAAGAAAGUGCACAGAGCUACAGAGAAAUUUUCUGCAGCAUGAGAAGAUGGCCGAGUUAAGAAACAAGGUUUCUCCAAAAACCAAUACACAGGAGCAGAAAAGAAUUUUGGAGCAGAAAUGUGCUGAGCUCCAGAGGAAGCUUGUGUAUCAGGAAAAAUUAAAGGAACAAAGACAUGAUAUGCACCCUGUCACACAUUCUCAUGAUCAGAGAAUGAUUAUGAAUCAAAUGUGUGUGGAGCUACACAAAGAAAAAUCAAAGGAUCAGAGAGGGGAGACCCAUCCAUACCCUUAUCCUUAUCCCUAUGGAAAGAAAAUGGCUUUGAACCAGAUGUGUGUAGCACUACACAAAGAAAAGACAAAAGUACAAAGAGAAGAGAUUCACCCCUACAGUCACCCCCAUGGGCAGAAAAUGGUUCUGAAUCACAUGUAUGCAGAGCUGCACAAAGAGAAGCCAAAGGAGCACAGAGGGCCAAUCCACCCAUAUACUUACACACAUGGACAGAAAAUGGUUUUCAAUCAAAUGUGCUCAGACAUGCACAGAGAAAAGGCAAAGGAGCAGAGAGGAGAGAUAUAUCCAUAUAUUCAUCCACAUGGACAAAAAAUGGCCCUGAAUCAAAUGUAUGCAGAUCUGCACAGAGAGAAGGCAAGGGAACAUCGAGAGGAGAUUCACCCAUACACUUAUCCACAUGGACAGAAAAUGGUUUUGAAUCAUAUGUAUUCAGAGCUGCACAAGGACAAAUCAAAAGAACAGAGAGCAGAGCUUCAUCCCUACACUCAAGCUUAUGGACCUAAAAUGGUCUUGAAUCAAAUGUGUUCAGAAUUUCACACAAAAGCUAAACAACAGAGGGAUGAGCUAAACCCAGGUACUUCUCCACGUGAACUAAAGAGGGCUUUAAAUCAGGUUUGUGAAGAGUUACAGAUGAGGAACCAUUGGAAUGUGAUCAACCCAAACAUUUCCCCUGAGCCAAAAAGAACUCUAGAACACAAGAUGGAAAUGCAUAGGGGGAUUGUACAGAAAGGGACCAUGAAGGGACACAGAGAUGGUAUCCACCCAGGCUUUCUCCAUUCAGAACAUAGGAGAACUCCUGAAGUGUGUACAGAAGUUCAAAAAGGACCUAUACAUAGAGAAUUGCUCAAAGAAAAAACAAAGGAGAUAUAUCCAAAUAGCAUACAGCGUGAACCGAAAUGGACUGUCAGACAAUCUUUACCAGAACCCCACAGUGAAUUUGAGCAUAACAUAAGGAAAUACAAAGAUGAAAUUCCUCAGAACAGUCUUCUACAUGAGCAGAGGAAGGUUCCAGAGCAAAGGUUCUUAGAAAACGAACACCCUCAUGUGGAAGAGAGGCAAGAGGAUCAGAGGCACACCAUGCAAGGGAACAGAUUUCCUCCAAACCAGAAACAGUUUCUACAGCAAAAGUGUGCUGAGCUGCAGAAACGUGUUCAACCAGAGAAGGAUGUGCAGUUGCUUAAGUGCUUUGACUGUGGAAAAACAUUCAUCCAGGAGAGUGACCUUCACCAGCACUACAUGGCUCAUGCAAGGGGUGACCUUUAACCUUUUGUCAUUUAACAGAAAUGCUUAACAUCAUGGCCAAUGAUAAUUUUUAUAUGGUAAAGGGGAGCACACAUAAAGAACAUUUUGAAUAUUAUUGUAGAAAGAAAUAGAACAGGGAUUUUAACAGAAUGAUUGAAGCGAGAGAUAUAUUACUGUGGUUUCAAACAGGAUCAUUCCUAUACUGGAUGAAAAUUAUAGUAAUUUUCUAUAAAAAAAUGCCAAGAAAUGUUUGAUUUGGUAUCUUACAACAUGUAAGAAGUUUAGUUGUCACUAACUUUUGUAUUACAUUCAUGAACUGAUUAAGUCAAAAAUGUUCAAUAGAUAGAUAUUUAGCUCAAAAGGAAAAGGGCCAACAGUUUACAGAUUGUCUGUGUGGGAUAAAUCUAAAAGAGUAGUAUUCUUUAAAGUAUUAGUUUUCAUAUCUGUGCCAAGUGCGCAGCCAUCCUAUAAACAGACUUUUUCUAAAGAAUUGGUACGAGAACUGUAAGUCAAAGGCUAUUUUAAGCUACAAACAGAGCAUGCUUAAAAAAAAAAAAA